UAAAUGUUGCUUCAACAAUGCAGUUCCUGCUUUGGGAUGCCAAACAAAUAAUUCACUCCUUUUCUCAGUAUUUUCUGAACUUCCAGAUCAAAAUAAUACAGGGCAGGCUACGAAAAAACAGAGGCAAAUCAUGACGCCUAAUAAAAGUGUGAAGCUGUUUCCAGUGUGAAACAAAAGGCCAUUUGUGUAUUUUCAAUAUCUCCCACAUCCUAAAUUCCUCCAGAAGAGCCAACUAGCCUUCAAAAUAUUAAAAAACAUUGAAAAAGCAAAGAAGAGGAAUCAGAUGAGCCAACCACUUUCAGAGUACUGCUAAAGAACCUUAGCCUGAAGAAGUGGGGAGUGACGAAGCUUGAAAAACAAAUAUUACUAAUGUACUCCCCUUGUCUACCACCUUCUUCUUUGAUUCCUACAUUAGCUUCAUCAUUGAAAAAACUCGAGACGGUGGAGGAGCGAAAAUGACGCCGAUAAUAAUGAAGCACCUGAAGAAAUUCUACACCAUUUUCCUCCCUAUAGUUAGAUCGUCCUCCCGUAAUGACCAGAGAAGAACUGCUAACGGAGGAGGAGAUGAAGAAGGCUUCAGCUACCCCACUACGCGAUGCCUUUCUUCUUACUACAGCAUCUUCGUUGCUCGCCUCGCCAUCAUGAUCAUGCUGGCAAUUUUAAUUGGGAUGCUGACCAUACUCACCUGGCAUUUUACAAGGGUAUAUACAACGAACUCCAUAAACAGCUUGGCAUAUGGACUCCGUUACGAGCUCCUGCAGCGACCCAUACUAAGAAUGUGGAAUAUAUUAAAUUCCACAGUUGAAAUCACGAUGGCACAAGUUAAGCUUUCUGAAUAUGUAAUCAAUCGCUAUGACAUUCCUGUGACUCACAAGGAGCAAAUGGAGCUGUAUCAAAUGAUGAGGGACAUAACAUGGGCACUUUUCGCAAGCAGAACAGCUCUCAACUCCAUCACCAUAAGUUACAGGAACGGUUUUGUCCAGGCAUUUCAUAGAGACUCCAGGAGUGGCAUUACAUUCUACAUCUAUUCUGAACUGCUGGUCUCAAGGAACAUAAGCAAGGAUCAACAAGGACGAGUCCCUCUUGACCAGCUUCCGAUAUCUAAAGAUGGAAACUUUUCAUCCAUAUGGUACAGAGAACCACUGAAUCCCAUCACGGGGGAGAAGAUAGGUAACCGAAGGGAAAUACCGCCAGAUGACCUGAUCAACAUCGCGGGGCUCCCAGAAGUAAAGGAUGGAGCAGCAUCUUGGCGUAUCGCCGUUAAUAAGUUUACAGACUCACCACUGCUUUCAGCAGCAUUGCCGGUGAGACAUCCUGCUAGAGGGAGCAUUGUGGCAGCUGUUGGGGUCACCACAGCACUUAAAAGUGUAGGUCAGCUGAUGAAAGAACUGGUUGGCUUCCACAGUGGGUACAUGUAUUUAACUACUAGAGAGGGUUAUGUACUUGCCACGUCAACUGAUGCUCCGUUACUUAGAAACACAACAACUGGCCUGAAGCUCGUGAUGGCUAAUGAUUCAGAUGAUCCUAUUAUACGAUCAGGAGCGGAGUGGCUGCAGGGGGCCUAUGGCAAUCAGUUCCCCAUCAAUCAUGAGAUUCAUGAUGACAAUAUCAUCCUGGGAAAGAGACGAUUUUAUAUCGACUCAUUUUUCCUAAAUUUGAAGAGGCUUCCCUUGGUGGGCGUAAUCAUCAUUCCAAGGAAAUAUAUAAUGGGAAAGGUUGAUGAUAUAGCUUUCACAACAUUGGUUAUACUGAUAUCAUUAUCCAUGUGCAUUUUAGCUAUUGGCUGUGUCUGCAUUUUCAUAUUGACAAGUGGUGUCUCAAAGGCAAUGAAUCUGAGAGCAGAACUGAUAAGUCAUUUAGACGCAAGAAGACGAGCAGAGGCAUCAAGCAACUACAAGAGCCAAUUUCUAGCAAAUAUGAGUCACGAGUUGCGGACACCGAUGGCAGCAGUAAUAGGUUUACUAGACAUUCUUAUGUAUGACAACUGCCUAACAAAUGAGCAGCUCUCUACAAUCACACAAAUCCGCAAAUGUUCAACAGCAUUGCUUCGGCUACUCAACAAUAUCUUGGACCUUAGUAAGUUUCUUACAGUAUUCAUUACGCAAUUGAAGGUUGAAUCUGGGAAAUUAGUGCUUGAAGAAGCAGAAUUUGACUUGGGGCGAGAACUUGAAGGACUCGUGGAUAUGUUUUCAGUGCAAUGCAUAAACCACAAAGUGGAGAUCAUACUAGAUCUUUCUGAUGACCUACCACAUACGGUUAAAGGAGACUCUGCUAGAAUUAUCCAGAUAUUUACAAAUCUUAUUAGCAAUUCAAUCAAGUUCACACCGGAGGGUCAUGUUAUCUUGCGUGGAUGGUGUGAAAGCUUUGAAGAUUUCACUGGACUUAAUCGGCCUGACAAUCAACUUAUGAUGCAGUACCCACUCAUAAGAAAGUCUGGGCUAGCUGAGAGUGAUGAAAGAAAACGCAGGAAAGACAAUAGAAUAACUCUUUGGUUUGAAGUAGAAGAUACAGGCUGUGGGAUUGAUCCUAGUAAAUGGGAUUCUGUAUUUGAAAGUUUUGAGCAGGCUGAUCCAUCAACAACACGAAAGCAUGGAGGCACUGGACUUGGCUUAUGCAUUGUGCGAAAUUUGAUCAACAAGAUGGGAGGAGAAAUAAAAGUUACUAGAAAGGAUGGACCAGGGACUUUGAUGCAACUAUACUUGGUUCUUGGAAUGUCUGAGGGUGGCACAGAGAAACACUUCCAAGCAGAAUUCAGCAAAUACAAUGUAAUGGUGUUACUAGCACUAAAAGGCAGCAAAGGCAGAUUCAUAACAUCACAGUGGUUAAAGACAAAUGGAAUAUUCACAUGGGAAGCAUCUGAAUGGAAUGGACUGACACAAAUUCUUCAACAAAUUUUUAAGGGAGAUACUACUGUUGAGGGUGGAAUUGAAGAGUGCUCAACAUCUUUAAAGUUUAACAAAGUUAAAGCUGCCCCCAACCAAACCAAAGAUCAAAACAUGAACUGUUCAAGCAUUGUUAUUGUUGUUGACACAAGUCUACUAGAUCAGAGCACAAACAUAUGGAGUGAACAGCUGAUUUUUCUUGAUCGAUAUCGUGAAAAAGCAAAAUUUGCAUGGAUACUGAGUCAUGAUACCUCUAAUUCUAUUAAAGUGGAGUUGCGAAGAAGAGGGCACUAUAUAAUGGCUAAUAAGCCAUUAUAUAAAACAAAAAUGAUACAGAUCCUGGAGACUGUCAUCAAAGAGGAGAGUCCAGAAAAUCAAAGAUGUGGGGCUCAGGGAAUGCCAGAGGGUCUACACGAGUUGCAUGAAAUAGAACCCCUUCACUUUGAAGAUAUCAGUUCAGAUGAGUCUUCUGAUGUUGAAAAUUACCACUCCCGAAGCAGUGAAGUCAGUUUUGGAGAAAGAACUAGAGAAAAAAGCUCAGUAUCUCAUUAUUCCUGUCGCCAGAUCCCAUAUUCAGUAAACGAGUCAACUCAUGAAGUCACUGUGACUGACAUUCUCCCAAACCCUCAUCUUUCACUGACAGGAACUGUAUCAAAGCUACCAGAUGCUCUCAAUUGUGGAAUCAAUAAUACAGACCCGUCAAAAAGCUAUGGACAUAAGGUAAUUAAACAAGACACGAUGAUAGUUAAGGCAGAAAAAUUACAGGAUUUUCAGCAACCUUUGGCAAUUGGAUCCUCAAAGAAAAUUAAUGAUACCAUAAUUGAGGUAAAUCAGUUGCAGCCUGGGAAAGAAAAUAGGGCUGAGGAACUUAACCAAUACCAUUCCAGCUCCACUUUACUUAACAAAGAGAACUCAGUUAAGCUGGCAGAGGAAAAACAUGAGUCUACAUCAGGCAUCCGACGUUCAGAACAAGUAAAAAAAGAAUGUAGUUUGGAAAGGCUAAUGAAAGUUGUAGACAGAAAUAAUAACCUAGAUGAUUAUGACAGUACUAACCGGGAACAAAACAAAGUUUCAAGUAAGGUGGCUCUUAACCAAGGGGCUCUUGAUGACUUGUAUAUCCUGCUUGCAGAAGAUAAUCUAAUCUUACAGCGAGUUGCUACAGCCAUGCUGGAAAAGGUGGGAGCCACGGUAGUGGUUGUCGGAGAUGGAAAGCAGGCAGUAGAUGUUCUGAAAUGCAUGCUUUGUGCAGAAGAUGGCAGAAGACAAUUUUUAUUUCACCAAGAAGGAAAAACACCAGCAACGAAACAACCCCAACAAGAUCAACCAUUUGAUCUGGUUCUAAUGGAUUGCCAGAUGCCAAAGCUUGAUGGUUAUGAAGCAACAAAAGCAAUCAGAAAACUCGAAGAAGGAACUGGCUCGCAUAUCCCAAUAGUAGCAGUGACAGCACAUGCAAUGUCAUCUGAUGAAGCCAAAUGCUUGGAAGUUGGGAUGGAUGCAUAUCUAACCAAACCGAUUGACUGCAACUUGAUGGUAUCCACCAUUCUUGGCCUCACCCAGAGAAAUGGUUAACGUUUUUUCUGUAUUAGAGGAAUUGUAUAAUAUCAUAGUCAGUUGUCUUUCUAUAUAUCAGACUUUGGUGGUAUAUUAUGUUUUCAUAGACGAAUCAAUCAAAAAGCUUGGGCAGAUUGAUACAGAUAAUAUCAUUAGGCUAUAUUGUGUAUGAAUAUUGAGAAAUGGCAUUACAAAAUGUCGUAUGCUUAUCCAACAUGUAAUUACUUUCUGUGGGUAUAGUAAUAUCAAACACAUUCAAAGCAUGCAAA